ACCGUUUACUUCCACACCUCGUUGGACCACCCCAGCAUCGCUGCUGUAGUGGAAGUCGUGGCCAUAGUCAAGAAUCAAGAUGGGAUCUCUCAGGAUCUGUCGUGCGGGUUUGGAAUCAUUCAUCUCUUCAACAGCAAGUCAGAAACGACGAAUCCGCCUGCCAAGGACAGAGGGCUCAAGCUCUACCACGGGACGCCCCGUGCUUUGCUGCACCCACUUUUCCAGGACCCUGUGGAAAAGAACAAGUACAUGACAGUGAUGGAGAACAGUCACCUGCAUUACGCCUUGAGGCCCCACGCGCCCCUGGAGACGGUCCUGCACCUCCUUCCUGAGAACCUCCUGGUGUCUGGGCUGCAGAAGAUCCCCGGUGUGCUGCCCGCGCGGGGACACACGGAUGAUUGCUUCCUGGCACCGCGGCUCAUGAAACCCUUCACGUGCUAUCUGGAUAAAAUCUCCGUCCAUCUGUACCCUUCUCUGGAGGAAUUUGAGGAGGAACUGCUGGAUUUACUCAACAGCGACCGCUUACUGAAGGUAGUGCCUAUAGAACUGCAUAAGAGCAGGUACAAUAAACGAGCAGUAACGGUGGUGCCACCUUUGCAGCCGCCGCCGCGGCCGCCCCUCGCUCCUGCGUCACCCGCGCGGGCGCUCCUGGAGGCUGCUCUCUGUUCCCCCCUUCGUGUGCUCCAACGCAGCGGUGCGGGUCAAGCUCUGCUCCUGAGGAGUCGCAUUCAUCUGCCCGAAAUGGUUCGUCACCCGGCGUUCGCCAUCGUCUUCCAGCUCGAGUAUGUCUUCUGCGUGCCGGGGGGAGCCAACGGGAAGGUGAGGCAGUUUGAGUCUGGUACUGUCCAAUUCCACAUUUCCAUGGAUUCAGAGGAACAUCUUGUAACUUCUACAGAUGUCUCGAGUAAAGAGAGGGAAGAUUCAGAGAGGCCUCCUACACCAGUUCUGAUUCCUGAAAUCCUGGACUGCAACAAGGAGCCCAUGGAAGUCGGGGACCCCAGCGACCCUGGGAGCUUCAGCUUCCAGCUGGAAGAGGCCGAUGUUCUGCAGAGCAAUGAAAUCAUCCUGCAGUUUCUCGCCUUUAGUAGGGUCCUGCAGAACGGGGUGGAGGCGCCGUGGCCGCAGAGCGUCUUCUUCACCUUCCAGUUCUACCGCUUCCCCGCGGCCACCACGGCGCGGCUGCAGCUGGGCUCCCCGGGGCUGCAGCUGAGGUACGUGGUGGACGCGGCGUUCCUGCGGCCUGGAGAGCGGCGCUGCUUCGUGCGGUACCUGGCGGAGCGCAGCCUCCACCUGGACGUGUGGGACGGCGACUCCCUGCUGCUCGUGGGCUCGGCCGCGGUGAGGCUGCAGCCCCUGCUCCGCCAGGGCCGGGCCGCCGGCAGGCGGCUCCACGAGCCGGACGACGCCUACCGGGAGCGCCUCAAGGGCGAGGGCAUCGCCCGCAUGCUGCGCCAGGCCGUCACGAGCAGCCGCACCGUGCGCGCCGCGCCGGGCACUGCCGCCUUCUUCGAGUUCGCGCUGAGGAACCCCUACAACGUCCAGCACACGGUCACCAUCGAGAUCGAGCACCCGGAGCUCAGCGUCAUCGUGGACGCGAGGGAGUGGAGGCACUUCAAGGAGCUGACCAAGACGGCUACCCCCGUGGAAGAGGACAUGUUCCAGCUCCGCGACGGCCGUGGGCCCCAGCUCUAUCUGCGCCCCAGAGAGACCGUUCACGUCCCCUUCAAGUACCAGACGUUCUCGGUGGAGCCGGCACAGCAGGUGGGUCAGGGGCCUGCGGGGCUGAGUGGUGGUGAAGACGAGGCCGCCUCCUCUCUGCAGAAGCCUGGCGGGACGCUCACAAAGCACAUCGAGGUCUCUUUCCACGUGGGCGGCCGGAAGCCCAUUGCCAUCCUGCAGGUGACGGUGGAGACCCAGCCGCACGUGGUGGACCAGACCUUCCGAUUCUACCACCCGGAGCUGACCUUCCUGAAGAAGGCCAUUCGGCUGCCCCCGUGGCACACGCUUCCGGGUGCGCCGGCAGGGAUGCCAGGUGGGGAACCCGAGCUGUACGUUCGCUGCAGCGACCCCAACGUCAUUUGCGAAACCAAACAUAUGGGUCCCGGGGAACCACAGGACGUGUUCUUAAAAGUAGCUGGAGGACCAAGCCCGCAGAUCAAAAAAUUCUUUGUUGCUAUUUAUACGGACGCCUGGCUGGCUGCUCCGGUGCAGAUGUGGCAGUUCUACGUGCACUCGGUGCAGCGCGUGGACGUGAGCUGCGUGGCGGGCGCCGGGCCCCCCCCGCGGGGCACGCGGGCGCUGCGGAGGGUCCGGGCCUACACGUCGCACCCGCACGAGCUCCAGGUGGCCCCGGCCGGCGUGUUCGUCCUCCCGGCGCACGGCGUGCAGGAGCUGGCCCUGGGCGUGCGGCCCCGGCAGGCCGGCAGCAGGUUCCUGCACCUCAACGUGGUGGAUGUGGAGCGUCACCAGCUCGUGUCCUCCUGGCUGCUCUGCGUGUCCUGCCGGCAGCCCCUGCUCUCCAAGGGGCGUGGGCUCUUGCCGGACGGGGGGGCUCGGCCGAGCGCUUGGGAAUGCGGCUCUGUGCCAGCCCGGCCCCUGCCCGCGGCUCCCCGCGGGGCCCAACGACCGAUCCCCGGGAAGGCGCGUGCCGGAGGAUCCCAGCGGUUCUCCCGGAGCAGCUGUGGGUUCCACAGUGUCCUGCGAUGCUGGAGGGCUCUGCACGCACCCGGCCAGGCGGCUUUGCCGGAGCGGGGCUUACGGCACCGCAGCAGCCUCCUUGGCGCCUCGCUGGGCAAGCUGCAGGUGCAGGAGGACAAGUACUGGGGCUGGCUGCAACCUCUGGGCUUGGCCGCAGGGAUGAGCAACCCCGCAUUGGCCGCUCGGAGCCCUCGGCACGCAGGCAACGAGCAGCGAAAGGCAAAAUCCGUCAGCCACGAGAGCUCUCCAUGA